AUUGAUAGUGAAAAUUUAUUUUAUCGUUCGUUUCUUCUGCAGUAUGUAUGUUCUAAGUAGUUUGAUUAAUAAUAAUACACAACUCAUGAUUCCAAAUAUUUAAUAAUAGUAAGAUUUAAAAGAGAGAGACUUUUAACAAAGAAUGGAUAUAACCAACGAAAAAAUAGUUGAAUUAUCAAUUAGUGAGAAAAAAAGUGAAAUUGUGCAAUUUGUUUUUGGAAUUUGUGCUUCACUGUCGGCAAUUGUUUGUGGAGCUUACCAAGCCUGGCCAUCACCAGCAAUUGCUCAUCUAAAAAGUAAAGAGGCACAAAUACGAGUAACAGACAAUGAUGCAAUGUGGAUAGUGUCCCUAUACUAUGCAGGCGAUCUAGUAGGAAGUUUAUUAAAUUUCUCCCUCAUUGAUCGAAUUGGCAGAAAAUAUACACUAUUGGCAUUUACUAUUCCCGAAUUAAUAGGAUGGUGUUUAAUCAUCUACGCUAAACAUCCUUUAUUCUUUUAUAUAGCUCGAUUUUUGGGUGGCGUUGGUGAGGGUGGCGUUUAUUCCACAUUAAUCAUUUAUUUAAGUGAAAUUGCUGAGAAAAAUGUCAGGGGUAUUCUUGUUAAUAUAAUGGUGAUUGCAAAUUAUAUUGGUGUAUUUAUAUUUACAGCAAUUGCAGCGUACUGGUCAUAUGAUACAUUAAAUUAUAUGUCAAUUUUUGUAACUAUAUUAUCGUUGUUAAUAUUUCUUAUACUUCCGGAAACGCCCCAUUAUUAUUUAAUGAAGGGUCGCGAUAUUGAUGCAAUGAGUUGUUUAAAAAAAUUGAGAAAAUCAACAACAACCGAUGUUUUAAUAUCCGAUAUGGAAAUGAUGAAAUUGGCUAUUGUUGAAGAUCAAAAAGCAAGUACAGCGGGAUUUUGGAAAGUUGUUACCAAUAGUAAUAAUCGUAAAGGUGUUUGUAUUAUUCUUGUUUUAGAGGCUACUGAAUGCUUAUCGGGAAGAUAUGCUACUGCUUCUUAUGCUCAUGAAAUAUUUGCCAUGAGUCCAUUGCCCUUGAAACCAGGAACACAAGUAAUGAUUAGAAAUGGAAUGCUAUUUCUUGCUUGUGUUGCUGCAACGGGAAUAAUCGAUCGAUUUAAUAGAAAAUCACUUUUUUUGACAACUGCAAUUUUAGAUGGUGUUUGUUUAGCAGUGGUGGCUUUUUUCUUUUUAUUGAAAUUAUAUAUUGAUGUUGAUGUCAGUAAUUUUGCUUGGGUACCAUUAGUGGCUUUAACGUCUUACGAUGUGAUAGGCUCAUUUGGUGUGAGUCCACUGCCAUAUAUUAUAAUUGGAGAACUUUUUCCUAUAAGUAUUAAGGGUCCUAUGGUUGCUAGUGGAAUGAUUAUAGGACCUGCUUUUAGUUUCAUCACAUCAGCUGUGUACGAGCCAGUAACAAAUAAUUAUGGUAUAUAUACAACAUUUUUCUUGUAUUCAAUACUCAUUAUAACAGGGGCUAUUAUUAUUUAUUUGAUUCUACCUGAAACGAGAGGACGAACUUUGGAGGAAAUUCAAGCUAUACAAAAUCCAGUAUUAAGAUUAAAAAUUGAAACGAAGAAUAUGAUGGAAUCAAAAGUGGACAAUUGUGAAUUAAAAACGUUUAUAGAUAACGAAAGUAGUAGUACUCAUAGACAUUGAUUAGAAAUUUUAAUAUUUUUUUAUUAAAUUAUUCUAUUUUCAGUAUUUUUUUUUAUCGGUUCCACAAUUGUAGAGAAAAAUUUAGUGAUUAUUAUUUUUUAUGCAGAGCAGACCUUUUUUUUUACUUAUAAGAUCUGAUAGUGAGCGUGAAAAUAGUUUCAAAUAGAAAAAAUAAUUAAUUAUACUUUGUAUGGUUUUUGACAAUAUUUAUUACUGUAUAUUAUAGAUAUUUACUGCCUUUAUAGCCAAAUAGUGAUAUUGUACACACAAAUUCAUGCACCUUAGACGAUAUUUUUUAAACGAUAUAGAUUUUAAUAUUUAUACAAUGAAACAUAAUGUUUAUUAUUAUAUUAAUAAUAUAUUUUGUGCUUCAUAAUAUUAUUUCAAUGUUUUGACGUCAAUCUAUAACUAUAUAUAUAUAUAUAUGAAAAUAUAAAUGAAGAUAAACAUUAAAAAAAAAUGUCUCUGCUGCUUUUCAAAAGCAUGCGUGAACCCCCCUGAUCUCAGGAUUGUAGAGGGGAAUGAAUAUUUCAACACCCAACCUAAAUGGAAAUUUGCUUCUCGACAAGUCCUAUUAUUUAUAUCCGAAAGCAAUGUUUUCAGAAUAAAAUGCAAUUUUAUUAUAUAAUAAUAUUUUAGUUAAUAAUAAAUGUAUACAUUAUA